UUUUUGAUGCAGGACACCAGUAAGAAGUCUCCAAUGGAGUUGAUCAAUGAAGUUCCACCAAUAAAAGUUGAAGGCAGGAUUGUGGCCUGUGAAGGAGAUAAUGAUCCUGCCCUCGGACAUCCAAUUGAAUUUAUAUGCCUUGAUUUGAAGGACCCAGCUAUCUGCAAAUACUGUGGCCUUCGCUAUGUCCAGCACGAUCAUCAUCAUUAAGAAUGUUUCUUAAAGAUCGUCUCGUGUGCUUAAAAGUUUUGGGUCCUGCGGCAGGAUGUUUUGUAUCUUUCGUUGAUUCUGUAAACUAUUUCUUCGGGUUUGGUUUACUGAUAGAAAGUUCCAAGAAUUUGGCUAAUAAUGGAAGUUAUGUCGCAUCUGUAGAAGCUAAUUUCUCCACUUGGCUAUGGGAUGUAUCUUCACAUACUUUUAUGGCAACUUACGCGAGGCCAAUAUGAGACUCUAAAUCGAGCAUCAUGGCAUCAAUGACUGAGCCUUAUCAUUUCCUUAAUC